AUGAUCUGUAUCGAGUGUGGUGAGCCCGUGAGCAGUCUCUACACGACGUAUCCCAAUGGACACAUCAAGCUCACGGACUGUGCAUCGUGUCAUCAAGUGUGUGACAAGUACGUUGAGUUCGACAAUGUGCUGUUGUUCAUCGAUGUGCUGUUGUUGAAAGGCCAGGUGUUUAGACACCUCGUGUUCAACUCGAUAGGCUUGGACAAGGGGAUGUCCACCGCUCGCAAAAUCCGUCUUGUGAGCGUGUUGUUUGAGAUCUAUAUAACAUGGGCUUACGAGGAGAGGAAGGGCCUCGGCGGUAUCAAGGACUUCUCCAUUUACAACGAGGUGUUGGCGAAGGACGCAGUCACACAGUACUUGUACUUUGGAGUACAGUGCUUCAGCGAUGAUCUUCUCACGCACUGGCUAUUACAAUGGCUGACGUGCACGCUGUUCAAGUGGACCCCCAGAGACUCCACCACGCCCGGGACGGCCAUAUCCAUGACCUUGGUGAUAUUCAGUGGCGUGAGACUGUUCCCGCUCCUGAUGCUCAUCUGGCCGUACGACUCGAGCCAGCUGGACCCGACAACAAUGUCCAUCACCAUGAAGCUGUGCACAAACGUUGCCCUUGUUGAGGCAUUGCGGCUCAUCACCCAGUUCCCCCUCUGGAAGCCCAUCGUCAUGUUCGCAAUCCUAACCGUGUGCAAGCUGCUCACCAGAACAGCGCUCAUCGCCUUGCUGCUCUCACACGGGGACUACACCACCUUCGUGACCAUCGUCUCAAGGCAAUGGAGAGCCCUCCAGAGCUGA